CUGUCACCCCUCCCGGGGAGCCGCUGUGGGGACACCGCAGCGGCCCGGGGCACCCUCGGGUGCGUUUUUGGGGGCGAUUUCGGCUGGUUUGGGGUCGAGGGGGCCGCGGCCGCGCCGUCGGGGCAGCAGGAGCGCGGAGCCGCCACCGGGUGGCGACAGCGAGAGGCGGCCGAUGGGGAGGGGGCGCGGGGGGCCCGGGGAGGGGUCCCGGUGUCGGGGUGAGGGUGAUGGGCUGGGGGACAGGGAGGGUCCCGGCCUCGGGGGGUCCUGGCUUCGUGAAGUCCCGGUGCAGGACGGGGGUCCCGGGGGUUUCGCUCCGCAGCCCCGGCGGGGCGGGUGGCGGGGCCCUGGCGGGGCGGGAGGUGCGGGGCUUCCGCGUCCGUCCAUCCGUCCGUCCGUCCCCGGGGGCGGCUGUCGCCGCUGCUAAAUGGGUUUCAUUAACGGCGGCGGGGCCGGGGCUGCUCCCCCCGCCCCCCGCUCCCCCGGGACCCCCGGCCCGGCCCGGCUAUAAGAGGCGGCGGCGGCGGCGGUGGGGGCGAUGGCGGGGGCGAUGUCGGGGCGCCCGGUGCUGCUCCUGCUGCUGUUGCUGCUGCUGGCGGGGACCCCGCGCUCCGCCCGCGCCUGUCCCGGGACCCCCGGCCCGGCCCCGGUGAGCCUCGGCCCGGCCGCGCUGUCGGAGCGGGGGUUCGGUUCGUGGGGGAGUGCUCGGGGCCGGGGGUCGCACUCCGGCUCCAUGACCGCUGUGACCCCCGGUUCUCCCCCGCCUCAGGCCGCCGCCCCCCCGGGGCCGCCCCCCGCCGCUGCCUCCGCCCUGGGAGCGCUGCUCCGCUCCCUGCAGCGCCCCGGCCGCGCCCCCGGGCCCCCCCGGCAGCCGCGGAGGUCGGGCUGGGGGCCGCAGGGGGGGCCCCAGGCCCGGCUCAGCCCCCGCAGCUGGGACCCCCCGGUGGCCCCGUUCUGGACCAUGGCGACCCCGCAGCGCUUCGGCCGCCGCCGCUGAGCCCAGCCCGUCCGUCCGUCCGUCCGUCCAUCUGUCC